AUGAACCCAGACCAAGCGAGAGAGACAACCUUCCCCAAGCGAAUAAAGCAGAGGCGAGCGAACGACAGGAAGGGAAAGAGCGGAAGAGGGGAAAAUACGACAAUUGGACAACGGGCAGCAUACAAGGACACCAACGGACGACGUAUAACGGACGACAACGGCAGCAUACAAGGACACAGGCAACGGACGACGUAUAACGACACACAGACCAACGGGCAGCAUACAAGGACACAGGCAACGGACGAACGUAUAACGGACACACAGACAACGGGCAGCAAUACAAGGACACAGGCAACGACGACGUAUAACGGACACACAGACAACGGACAGCAUACAAGGACAGGCAAUACAAGGACACAGGCACAGGAACGGACGACGUAUAACGGACACACAGACAACGGGCAGCAUACAAGGACACAGGCAACGGACGACGUAAUAACGGACACACAGACAACGGGCAGCAUCAAGGACACAGGCAACGGACGACGUAUAACGGACACACAGACAACGGAUUGGACACAGGCAACGGACGACGUAAUAACGGACACACAGACAGGACAGCAUACAAGGACACAGGCAAACGGACGACGUAUAAACGGACACACAGACAACGGGCAGCAUACAAAGGACACAGGCAACGGAACGACGUAUAACGGACACACAGACAACGGGCAGCAUACAAGGAACAGGCACGGCAACGGGACACACAGACAACGGGCAGCAUACAAGGACACAGGCAACGGAAGCACGAACAAACGGACACACAGACAACGACAGAUACAAGGACCAGGCAACGGACGCACGGACAGCGGACACACGGAGAGGCGCCCCUGCAGUAACAGCAACUCCUGA